AUGUCCAGAAAACGCCUGGAGCAACUACUGAAUGUGCUGCAGGUGGCCACAAUCCCGCUGAACGCGGACAAGAUUCUCUACGACUCCUACGGCUCCUCAUACACUGCAAGAAGCAAAGUCGUCUUGUUAAUGAAGCCGCGCGAUGGGCGCAAAACAGAGCUGCUGCAUGUCUAUGUCGCCGAAACCGAGAAUGCGCAUAUUACUGGCAGGCACGAGAUUAUUCUUGCAAGGAGCUGGAGGGAAAAGUUUCCAGUUGAUGACCAGGAUGGACGCCGGACCUCUGCAGCGCCUACUGAGCUUCUGAAGGGAAACUCCAGAAAAGAGAGGAAGGAGUGGGAGAAGAACGCUGCCCAAAAGGAAAAGGAUAACCUGGCAGAAGCCGCGAAACGAGAGGCGGCCUGGGAGAAGCGCAUGAAGGAGCAGCAGGGAAAGGGCAAGGGCCCUUCAAGCGGAAAAUAG